AUGGAGUUCUCCUCGACGAAUGCAGAAGAUCCGUUCUUUUCAGCUGAUUUCACUGGCCCGCUAGACCCCCCGCCGGGACACAGUGUUGAUAACGUUGAGAGAGAAGAUGUGGUGGUACGAGAUGAGGACUUCUAUCAUGACUACGUGAUUUUCUUGGUAGAAGGAUCUCUUUUCAAGGUUCCGCGGUUGCAUUUCAUUCAGGAGUCCGAAAUCCUCCGAGAAAUGUUUUUGUUCCCUCCACCCGAAUCUUCAGUCGUAGAUGGGCUGACGGACGAGCAACCGUUGUGCUUGGAUCACAUCCUCAAGGAGGAUUUCCGCCAACUUUUAAAAGUGUUUUAUCCUCGAAAUUUUCGUCGGGAACUAGAUUUAAAUUUGGAGGAAUGGACGUCAGUCCUCAAGUUAUCUGAUAUGUGGGACAUGGACAAUGUUCGGGAAUUGAGCAUCUCAAAUCUGACACCGCUCCUGGAGUGCAAACCUGCUCACCAGAUUGCACUUGCUCGUAGAUUUCAUGUUGACGAGUGGCUUCUGCCAGCGUUCAAGGGCCUAGUGUAUAGGGACAAGCCUGUGGAUGAGUUGGACAUGGACGAGCUGGGGGCGAGAACUGCUUUGAAAGUCGCAGCGAUCAGAGAAGAAUUUUUGCGCCUCACUACGACCACCUACCGUAACGGAUACGGCAAUCAGACAACCUCGCAAUGGAACCUUGAAUCUGGGCGGGGCGAGAUUCCUUGGGGAAGUUCUGAAGACAGUUUAACAGAUCGACUUAGGGAGAAGUUUGGCGAAACCUUCAAUCAACUGUAG